UACUACAACCAUCUAAAGUCUUUACGGGCUCGGUGGCAAACUGUUGAGUCAUAUUUUCCUCCUAACACAGUGAGACUUAAUCUAAACCAUGCUGGCAACCAGGACUUUGCUGUCCAAACAAACACUGGCUGUUCUCUCUCGCCAGCCUGCCUGCUUUGUUCACCACGGUGACUAUGGCAAUUGGGGAAAUACCAAUGUUGCAGUGGUUUUCUCAGGAUGUGGCUGGUGGGAUGGGACUGAUGUCCAUGAGGGAGUCUACACCAUGUACCACCUCAGCCGUAAUGGUGCUCGCUUCCAGAUGUUUUCUCCAAAUCAACAGCAGAUGCAUGUGAUGGACCACAUGAGAAAGCAACCUGGCUCUGGCGAGAACCGGAACAUGAUGACGGAGUCAGCUCGUUUCAGUCAUGGUCAGGGAAUGAUGCAAAUGCAGGACCUGGCCAAGCUGGAUGUCAACAGCUUUGAUGCUGUCAUCUUUCCUGGAGGCCACGGCAUCACCAAGAAUCUAUCCUCUUUUGUGAAGGAUGGCAAAGACUGCAAACUGCAUAAUGAUGUGGAAAGGGUGCUUAAAGACUUCCACCGUUCACGCAAGCCUAUUGGACUGGCCAGCAUGGCUCCUAUGCUGGCCUGCCGUGUGCUGCCCGGCAUCGAGGUGACCAUGGGCUAUGAGCGGGACGACAACACUCGCUGGGGGAACUGGCCUCAUACAACCAUAGUGCAGGCUAUAAAGAGCAUGGGCGCACGCCACAAUGUCCGCGAGCCAUAUGAAGCCUAUGUGGAUGAGAAGAACAAAGUGGUCAGCACCCCCACCUUCAUGUGGGAAACAGAGUAUCACUAUCACUAUAUUUUUGAUGGUAUUGGAAAUAUGGUCAAACAUGUCAUGCGUAUGUCAACCAAGUGAGCUGAGACAAUGAGCCAGAAAAAGCAAUAUAGGAAGUUGGUGUUGAUAAACAACAUACAUGUCUGUAUUGUGAUGAAUUCUUACCUGAAACAAUAUAAAUGCUUUAGUUAAAGAGCAGUUGGCUUGUUGUGUGUAAUUGAUGGUAUUGGGUUAUAUGGAUAAACACGCCACAUGUAUAGUAGGUGAGCCACAUGUAUGAGUCCAGGUAACAUCGACAGAGAGCAGAUCUGCACUUAUGGGUCAUUACUAUUACUAUUCACUUUGACCCAUGUUUGGAACUGGAGACAUAAUUUCUUAAUCAUGACAGGCAGGGAGGAGUUCAUUGUCCUCACAGUGACACAUCUGUGUAACAGUCAACGUGAUCAAAGCUGAAGGCUGACCUUGUAAAAGAUACGGUCAGUACUUUAAUGACAAUUGCUUCUAAUCUUUUGUCAGUUUUACGUAAUAUUACAGAUUCGGGAUCAAGACAAAAACACCAAAACAGUACAUUACAAAAUCUACAAACAUACGACAAACAAACCAAUUAUAUGUCUUUGGUCUCAUUUGGACUAAACCACUGAAUCCUAUGUUUGGAAUACACACAUACGGUACAAAACUAUCAGAUGUUGAAUCUCUCAUCCAAAUCCUUGAAAUAAAAAGUAAU